AUGGUUUUACAAAACAGUGGACGAUAUAAACCUGGCCGAGGUGGUGGGGAUCAGGACAACCAGCAGGAUGAUGCCUCCGCUAUGUCCGCUGUCAAUCGGCUGGAGCGCAGUCAGUUCACCGAUGGGAUGGACGAACGGUUUGGUUUUGAACGUAUGAAGGAGCCCGGGGAGAAGACUGGGUGGCUGAUCAACAUGCACCCGACUGAGAUUCUGGAUGAUGACAAGAGAAUGGUCAGUGCUGUGGACUAUUACUUUAUCCAGGAGGAUGGAAACCGAUUCAAGGUUGCUCUUCCCUUUAAGCCCUACUUCUAUGUGGCCACUAAAAAGAACUGUGAGAGGGAGGUUAUCUCCUUUCUAUCAAAGAAGUUCCAAGGGAAAGUAGCAAAAUUAGAAAUUAUGCCCAAAGAAGACUUGGAUCUGCCAAAUCAUCUUGUGGGACUGAAGAGGAGCUACAUCAAAAUGUACUUUAACACAGUGGAUGACCUUACUAAAGUGAAGAGGGAGAUCUCACCUGCUGUCCGCAAGAACAGGGAGCGAGAGAAGUCCAAUGAUGCCUACACCAGCAUGUUAUCCAGUGCUUUGGUUGGUGGGAGUGUAGUGACAGAGGAUGAGGAUGGCUCAUCAAAGAAAAUGGCGGAACAACUUGACAACAUCGUAGACAUGCGGGAAUAUGAUGUGCCCUAUCACGUCCGUGUUGCUAUUGAUUUGAAGAUUCACGUGGCUCACUGGUAUAAUGUGCGGUAUAGAGGAAGUGCCUAUCCUCCUGAGAUUGUGCGCAGGGAUGAUCUUGUGGAGAGACCGGAUCCUGUAGUACUGGCGUUUGAUAUCGAGACCACUAAACUCCCACUGAAGUUCCCUGAUGCUGAAACAGACCAGAUCAUGAUGAUCUCAUACAUGAUUGAUGGUCAGGGCUUCCUCAUCACAAACAGAGAAAUUGUCUCUGAGGAUAUAGAGGAUUUUGAGUUUACCCCAAAACCUGAGUAUGAAGGUCCCUUCACUGUAUUUAACGAACCCGAUGAGGCUGCUCUCAUCCAGCGAUGGUUUGAACACAUCCAUGAGACCAAGCCUAGCAUCUUUGUCACUUAUAACGGAGACUUUUUUGAUUGGCCAUUUGUGGAGACCCGUGCGGCCCAGCUUGGCUUGAUAAUGUACCGUGAGAUUGGUUUCCAGAAGGACAAUCAGGGGGAAUAUAAAGCCAGCCAGGCUAUUCACAUGGACUGCCUCCGGUGGGUAAAGAGAGACAGUUACCUGCCUGUAGGUAGCCAUAACCUGAAGGCUGCAGCAAAGGCCAAGUUAGGCUAUGACCCUGUCGAGCUGGACCCAGAGGAGAUGUGCCGUAUGGCUACUGAAGAACCACAGACUCUGGCCACCUAUUCAGUGUCUGACGCUGUGGCCACAUAUUACCUUUACAUGAAGUAUGUUCAUCCCUUCAUUUUUGCCCUUUGCACCAUUAUCCCUAUGGAACCCGAUGAGGUUUUGCGAAAAGGCUCCGGUACCCUGUGUGAAGCCUUGCUGAUGGUCCAGGCAUUCCACGCCAACAUCGUCUUCCCAAACAAGCAGGAGCAGGUGUUUAAUAAACUCACAGAGGAUGGUCAUGUCCUCGAUUCUGAGACUUACGUAGGUGGCCAUGUAGAAGCUUUGGAAUCUGGAGUGUUCCGGAGUGAUAUCCCGUGCCGCUUUAAAAUGAAUCCAGCAGCAUUUGAUUCCCUGCUUCAGAGGGUGGAGCGAACUCUUCGUCAUGCCAUUGAGGAAGAGGAGAACAUUCCACUCGAACAGGUCACCAACUUCAAUGAGGUGUGUGAUGAAAUCAAGAGGAAGCUGAUCUCUCUGAAGGAAGUGCCCAAUAGAAUCGAAUGUCCUCUUAUUUACCAUCUGGAUGUGGGGGCUAUGUACCCUAACAUCAUCCUCACCAACAGAUUGCAGCCCUCUGCCAUGGUGGAUGAAGCUACAUGUGCUGCCUGUGAUUUCAAUAAGCCUGGUGCAAACUGUCAGCGCAGGAUGGCUUGGCAGUGGAGAGGAGAGAUCAUGCCGGCCAGUAGGAGUGAGUUUCAUCGUAUUCAGCAGCAAUUGGAGUCAGAAAAGUUUCCACCUUUCUUUCCUAAUGGUCGACCUCGUGCUUUCCAUGAGCUCAAUCGAGAGGAACAGGCUCGACAUGAGAAGAAACGCUUGGGAGACUACUGUAGGAAAGCUUAUAAGAAGGUUCAUCUGACCAGACUGGAGGAGAGAGUCACAACUAUUUGCCAGAGAGAGAAUUCUUUUUAUGUUGACACGGUUCGAGCUUUCAGAGACCGUCGAUAUGAGUUCAAAGGACUUCACAAGGUGUGGAAGAAGAAGCUGUCUUCAGCACAGGACAACGGGGACGCAGCGGAAGUGAAGCGCUGUAAGAACAUGGAGAUUCUCUACGAGUCUCUGCAGCUGGCGCACAAAUGCAUCCUCAACUCCUUUUAUGGAUACGUCAUGAGGAAAGGAGCACGCUGGUACUCAAUGGAGAUGGCAGGGAUUGUGUGUUUCACUGGUGCCAACAUCAUCACACAAGCCAGAGAACUCAUCGAGCAGAUCGGGAGGCCUCUGGAGUUGGACACUGAUGGUAUCUGGUGUGUCCUUCCCAACACGUUCCCUGAGAACUUUGUCAUAAAGUCUACCAAUGAGAAGAAAUCCAAAGUGACCAUCAGUUAUCCAGGAGCCAUGCUCAAUAUCAUGGUCAAGGAGGGCUUCACCAAUCAUCAGUAUCAGGAACUUGUGGAUCCUGCAUCUCUAACAUAUGAGACUAGAGCUGAGAACAGCAUCUUCUUUGAGGUUGAUGGGCCAUACCUGGCUAUGAUUUUACCUGCCUCCAAAGAAGAGGGAAAAAAGCUAAAGAAGAGGUAUGCUGUGUUUAAUGAGGAUGGAUCUCUGGCUGAGCUGAAGGGUUUUGAGGUGAAGAGGAGAGGAGAACUCCAGCUCAUUAAGAUCUUCCAGUCAUCUGUGUUCGAAGCCUUUCUGAAAGGCACGACUCUAGAGGAGGUUUAUUCCUCUGUGGCUAAAGUGGCAGACUAUUGGCUUGAUGUGCUUUACAGCAAGGCUGCAAAUAUGCCUGAUGCAGAACUAUUUGAGCUGAUUUCGGAAAACCGAUCAAUGUCGCGUAAACUGGAAGAUUACGGAGAACAGAAAUCCACAUCCAUCAGCACAGCCAAGCGUCUCGCUGAGUUCCUUGGAGAUCAAAUGGUGAAGGACGCUGGCCUCAGCUGUCGAUAUGUCAUCUCGCGUAAGCCGGAGGGCUCACCCGUCACUGAGAGGGCGAUCCCUCUCGCCAUAUUUCAGGCAGAGGAAAGUGUGAAAAAGCAUUUCCUUCGCAAGUGGUUAAAGAUGCCCAGCCUCCAUGAUCUUGACAUCAGAUCUAUUCUGGACUGGAGUUACUACAUUGAGCGUAUGGGCAGUGCCAUACAGAAGAUCAUCACUAUCCCUGCAGCUCUACAACAGGUGAAAAAUCCAGUACCCAGAGUGCGCCAUCCAGACUGGUUGCAUAAGAAGCUUCUGGAAAAGAAUGACAUCUACAAACAAAAGAAGAUCAGUGAACUCUUCACCAGUGAGGGAAAGAGACAGGUGGCCCAUCAAACUGAAGCAGCCGGUGAGACUCCUGAUAUGGAGGACUUUGGUGUUCCACAGCGCCCCCUGCAGCCUGCUAUUCUCAUUAGCACUAAGAGGAAGAGAAUAUCUCAGGGAGAGGACAGCCAAGUUGAGUCACAAGAUCAGGAGCUCACUCAGUCUUGGAGAGAAAUUCUGGGACCACCGCCACCUAUUGGUGCCUCUCGGGAAGAACUUCUUCUCUGGUUGCGCUAUCACAAGAAAAAAUGGGAGCUGCAACUUCGGCAGAGGAAGGAACGCAGAAAGCGGCGACGUUUGAUUGAUGGAGAGUCUCAGCAAACCAGUGGUGGUGUAAUACGUGAUGGACCAACUACUGGACUAGGCAGUUUCCUGCGUCGAACUGCCCGCAGUAUCCUCGACAUGCCAUGGCAGAUUGUCCAGAUUGCAGAGACCAAUCACCCUGGCCUUUAUAAGCUGUGGGCUGUGAUUGGCAGUGACCUGCAUUGCAUGAAACUCAAUAUCCCACGAGUCUUCUAUGUCAAUCAAAGAGUUCCCAAGCAAGACGAGGGAGCUACCUGCAAAAAGGUGAACAGGAUGCUGCCACGCUCAGGUGUGGUGUAUUACCUGUACCAGUAUUCAGUACCUGAGGACAUGUACCUGGAACAUAUCAACGAGAUCAAUGCAGAACUCUCUGCUCCUGAUAUUGAGGGAGUCUAUGAGACACAGGUUCCCCUGCUGUUCCGGGCUCUUGUCCAGCUAGGCUGCAUGUGUAUGGUCAAUAAACAGGUGGUCAGAGAUCUGGCUGGCAGAGAGGCUGAUACCUUUGACCUGGAGCACCUGGAGAUGAGAUCGCUUGCCCAGUUCAGCUACCUUGAGCCAGGCAGUGUAAGGCACAUCUACCUGUACCAUCACAGUCAGGGCCAUAAAGCUCUGUUUGGUCUCUUCAUACCAUCCCAACGCAAAGCCAAUGUCUUUGUCCUUGACACGGUUCGCAGUAAUCAAAUGCCAAACCUGAGCACAUUGUAUGGAGCAGAGCGCAAGGCACUACUAGAGAAGACCACAGAAGAGCUUUUACCACCUGAGAAACAUCUGUUUGAAGUGCGUGCUGAAAAUGACAUCAAAGCCAUCUACCGUGCAUUACAACGCAUACUCCUCAACUACAAGGAUGAGCGUCGUGGUCCAACCCUGAUUGCUGUUCAGUCUAACUGGGAGCUGCGGCGACUGGCAGCCGGCAUGACGAUACUGGAGGAGUUCCCGGUUGUACCUGUUCAUGUAAUAGACGAGAUAAGCUACAAUGUACUGGACUGGCAACGGCAUGGGGCACGCCGAAUGAUCAAACACUACCUUAACCUUGACAGCUGCCUCUCGCAGGCUUUUGAUAUGGCCAGGUAUUAUCACCUGCCCGUGGGAAACCUGCCUCAGGACAUUUCUAUUUUUGGAUCAGAUCUAUUUCUUGCACGUCAUCUAAGAAAGCACAACCACCUGUUGUGGCUGUCACCAACGGCACGGCCGGAUCUUGGGGGGAAAGAGGCUGACGACAGCAGACUGGUGAUGGAGAGUGAUGAGAGGGGCUCCAUGGAGAUCAACAGUCAGGGUUGCUACUCCACAGUUUGUGUGGAGUUGGAUAUUCAGAGCUUGGCAGUUAACACCAUUCUGCAGUCCCAACAUGUUAACGACAUGGAGGGCGGGGCCAGCAUGGGUGUCAGCUUUGAUGUCAUUCAGCAUGCGUCACUGGAGGAAAUGAUGUCAGGGAAUCAGGGGGUAAACGCAGUGGCCAGCUAUGAUGAGACUGCCCUCUGUUCCAAUACAUUCAGGAUCCUGAAGAGUAUGGUUGUUGGUUGGGUUCGAGAGAUCACGCAGUAUCACAAUGUCUAUGCUGAUAAUCAGGUGAUGCAUUUUUACCGGUGGCUGCGCUCACCCAGUUCACUCCUGUAUGACCCGGCCCUGCAGCGCACACUUCUCAACAUGAUGAAGAAGAUCUUUCUACAGCUUGUGGCAGAGUUUAAGCGUCUUGGAUCCUCAGUGAUCUAUGGAAACUUCAACCGCCUGAUCCUCUGCACCAAGAAACGACGCAUUGAUGAUGCCAUUGCAUACGUGGAGUACAUCACUAACAGCAUCCAUUCUCGAGAGAUCUUUCACUCUUUGUCCAUCACAUUCUCACGUUGUUGGGAGUUUCUGCUGUGGAUGGAUCCUGCUAACUUUGGAGGAGUGAAGGGGAAGCUGCCCUCCAGCCUUCUCUAUGGAGAGCAUGGCAAUGAUAAGAAGAAAAAGAAGGAUGGAGCAGAGGAUGUUGGUAGUGAGGAUGAGGAAGAUGAUGUAGAAAACAGAGGUGAUGAUGAAGAACAGGACGGUGAUGAAGAUGAUGUGGAAGACCUGAUCGAGAGUAGCUGGAACAUCAUGCAAUACCUGCCUCAAUCUACUUCCUGUCAGAAAUACUUCCUCGUGAUUGUCUCAGCCUAUAUUGCUGCUGUCUAUCACAGCAUGAGACAGGAGCUUCGAAGGAAUGCUCCAGGUGCCACACCCAUUAAGAGGCGGGGUGGGAGUCAAGCAUCCCAACAGCCCUCCGGAGAUGUCAGUGCACUUCCUGGUUUGAUUACAUUCUCGCAGGAGUAUGUGGCCAAUGAACUGACACAGAACUUCUUCACCAUCACUCAGAAGAUUCAGAAGAAAGUGUCGAGCACUCGCAGUGUGACACUACCAUCUGAGAUGUUUCCUGUUCUUCCCGGCUCUCACCUGCCCCUCAACAACCCUGCUUUGGAGUUUAUUAAAUAUGUCUGCCAGGUGCUUUCUCUAGAUGCCAACAUUGUCAAUCAGGUGAACAAACUGAAGCGUGAUCUUUUACGAUUGGUUGAUGUCGGAGAAUUCUCAGAGGACGCCCAGUUCUGUGACCCUUGCAAGUCUUACGUCCUGCCCGAGGUCAUCUGCCACCAUUGUAACUUCUGCCGUGACCUUGACCUCUGCAAAGACCCCGCAGUUGCCCAGGAUGGUUCAGUUCUUCCUCAGUGGUUCUGUUCUAACUGCCAGGCCCAGUAUGACACAGAGUCAAUAGAAAUAGCACUGGUGGAGGCACUGCAGAAGAAACUCAUGAGUUACACUCUACAAGACCUGGAAUGUUCCAAAUGCAAAGGGGUGAAGGAAGCAAACAUGCCGCUGUAUUGUAGCUGUGCAGGAGACUUCAACCUCAGCUUCACCACAAAGAGUUUUUCUGAGCAGGUGGAAGUGUUCCGGAACAUCGCCGCCCACUAUAAUAUGAGCUUCCUGCUGGAGACCAUUGACUGGGUCCUCAAUAUGAACACAUAGAUCUUUUUCAUAUUAUACACUCAGUCAGUUUGUGCCAAACUGUGAGUGUUUAUGCCUUUCUGUAUAGAUCCGAAUUCAUCUUAAUUUCUUUUACAUUAUUGAUUAAAUAUGUGGCUAUGUAGAAAUGUUUUGA